GAGAGAGAGAUCCGAGGGGAGGAGGGAAAGACGACUCAGAAAGUGGAAUCUGCACAAGCAACCUAGGAGAGGAAAAACCCUGAAUCUUUAAUAACUCCACGCCAGAUGCAACGCAAGCAACGACUUCGUCACACUAAAACAGAUCUUGUGAGGGCCAAAAGUAUAAAUUACGAAGCAGAAAUGAAUAUCAAACAACUUCCAGUGGUUUGCACCUAGGGAAAGACAAAAACAACCCACUGCAAACAAACCAACCCAAUCCAAACAACGCCUCCAGUAGGAAACGAGGAAAACUGCGACGCCACGACCCCCGAGAAGAGAGAAGACCUGCGCGCUCAGACCACGGGUGUCUGCAAUCUCCAAGGGUGCCGCGGACCAAGCUGCCGUCGCUGCUCUGCGGACAUUAAUUACAUCCUUCCCUCUCCAUUGAGGGGAGGGUGAGGCUCGCGCGUUACCUACGCCGAAGAAAUAAGUCCCACCGGAGUGGCAGAGAAGUUUAAGAAUGAACCACUGAAUGUGGAGCUUUUAGUUUAAAAUUUGCUUUGGCACUUAAAAGACCUCAUUUCCAGAUAACUGAGCAAUCUCGGCUGCAGUCAUCCAAGCCUAACCACCUCUUGGUAAUCUGAAUUCUUCUCUCUCACCCCCCUGCAUCGCUCUCCAACACAGCCUAGUUUACUUAUCGAGAGAAAGCUGAAAGUCUCAGCAGGUACUUGUCUUCUUCAAAGACGUUGUUUCUAAUUUUCCGCACAAGGAGAAAAGAUUUCGAAGGAGGAAAAGAAAAGGCGAGCCGGCUGUGGCAUCGGCGGGUCAGCCCAGGUGUAAAGCAAGAGUGAAAGUGGGGUUUAAGGGUUGCGCACCGCCUCUUUCCAAGCCGCAGGGCCACCACCAGCGAGUGAGCCUUGGAUCCCUCAACGUACUGCGAGACGCCGGUGUACAGCCCGGACCUGUGCCCCAACAUGAUCGCCGCGCAGGCCAAGCUGGUUUACCAGCUCAAUAAAUACUACACUGAGCGCUGCCAGGCGCGCAAGGCGGCCAUCGCCAAGACCAUCCGAGAGGUCUGCAAGGUGGUCUCGGACGUGCUGAAGGAAGUGGAGGUACAGGAGCCUCGCUUCAUCAGCUCACUGAGCGAGAUCGACGCCCGCUACGAGGGGCUGGAGGUCAUCUCGCCAACCGAGUUCGAGGUGGUGCUCUACCUUAACCAGAUGGGCGUCUUCAACUUUGUGGACGACGGCUCGCUGCCCGGCUGUGCAGUGCUCAAAUUGAGCGAUGGGCGGAAGCGGAGCAUGUCUCUGUGGGUCGAGUUCAUCACGGCGUCCGGCUACCUCUCCGCGCGCAAGAUCCGCUCCCGUUUCCAGACGCUGGUCGCCCAAGCGGUGGACAAGUGCAGCUACCGGGAUGUGGUCAAGAUGAUUGCCGAUACCAGCGAGGUCAAGUUGCGCAUCAGGGAGCGCUACGUGGUGCAAAUCACUCCAGCGUUCAAGUGCACCGGGAUCUGGCCUCGCAGCGCUGCCCAGUGGCCCAUGCCCCACAUCCCAUGGCCUGGCCCCAAUCGGGUGGCGGAGGUCAAGGCCGAAGGCUUCAAUCUGCUCUCCAAGGAGUGUUACUCUCUAACGGGCAAGCAGAGCUCGGCGGAGAGUGACGCCUGGGUGCUGCAGUUCGGAGAGGCAGAGAACCGCCUGCUGAUGGGCGGCUGCCGAAACAAGUGUCUCUCGGUGCUGAAGACGCUGCGGGACCGCCACCUGGAGCUGCCGGGCCAGCCGCUCAAUAACUACCACAUGAAGACUCUGCUGCUUUACGAGUGCGAGAAACACCCGCGGGAAACGGACUGGGACGAGGCAUGCCUGGGCGACCGGCUAAACGGCAUCCUGCUGCAGCUCAUCUCCUGCCUGCAGUGCCGCCGCUGCCCCCACUACUUUCUGCCCAACCUCGACCUCUUCCAGGGCAAGCCCCAUUCGGCCCUGGAGAGCGCUGCCAAGCAGACCUGGAGGUUGGCCAGGGAAAUCCUCACCAAUCCCAAAAGCCUGGACAAACUAUAGGGUGCUGGGGACUGCGUGAAAAGCCACACACACGGGCGUGCUCUCCCACCCACACCACAAACCACUCAGCGACAACAGUGGAAACUCUGGACACAACUUUAUGUAAAUCACCUGAAAGAAACCAGAAUCAGCGGAAGACCUCCGUUAAUUAAGAAGCAAACAAAAGAGAGCAAACCAAUCAAACAACAACAAAAAAAACCCAACGUCUUGCACAAAAGUGAUCAUUUUCUUCCAAACAAUGUGAAUUUAAAAGGUCACACAAAAGAAGCAAUCGCGCUUUACCAUCACAAAAUGAAACCCAAGGUACAAUUUCAAAUCAAUGUAUAGUAGCUUCCCCUCCCUCUUCCUCCUUUACCCCUAUCUUCUGUCUGUCUGUCUGUCCUUCUCUCUCUCGUUUUGUUUUUUGUUUUGGUUGCCUGAAUGAUUGUCACAAAGUGAAAAAGUUAUUUAACUAUUAUGUAAACGUUCUCUUUUUAAAAGUUUUACUGAUGUUAAGUGUAUCUCAGUGCCAAUGUCAGAUUGUCCUCCCUCUCGCACCUCUCCCCACACUUCCCACACGUCUUGUUGAAAACAGUAAUAAAAUAUGACUACAUUGUAA